AAGACCCUCGAAACGCAACGCGAAGACUAGCAUUCACGGAUACGCGUCGCUUGAAAGGCCACGUUGCUUCUCUGUAUCAGGUGCCGCCGACUCCUUCCCCACCCCCCCCUCUUCUCUCCUCUCUGAGCGGCUAGGGCUUCAAAACCUGAACCUCUUUUGCUUUGCCGCCAAAUUUCAAACCCUAAUUUGUAGCAGUUGUCUUUCUUUCUCUCUGAACUAGAGAUCCGAUGUGUGGUUAGUGGUCAAUAAUUCAAAUUUCAAUCUUCUGCUUUUCCCCUUUCUCUCUAAAAGAAUAACCAAAAUUCUCCUCUCUCUACAUCCUCUAAAUCUCCGGUUUUUGCCCUAGUUUGUGAGUGAUGGGUAUGGAAAAGCCAAACGACAUUGCAAUUCCUCCGUUUUUGACCAAGACCUAUGAUAUGGUAGAUGAACCAACUACAAAUUCAAUGGUGUCCUGGUCCCCAAGUGGCACUAGCUUCGUCAUAUGGGAUCCACCUGCUUUUUCCCAAAACCUUCUACCAAAGCACUUCAAACACAGGAAUUUCGCGAGUUUUGUCCGUCAAUUGAACACAUAUGGUUUUAGGAAAGUUGAUCCAGACCGCUGGGAAUUUGCAAAUGAAGGAUUUCUUAGGGGACAAAAACAUCUAUUGAAGAGCAUCUCCAGAAGAAAAUCCCCUAACAAUACAGAACAAAAACAGUCUCAAGGAAAAAACACACUAAGCGGACACAAUACUGAACAAAAACAAUCUCAAAAAAAGUGCAUGCCCAAUGGAGCAUGUACUGACGUCCAAAAGUUUGAUUGUUUGGAGCUCAUGGAGGAAAUAGAGAUUCUCAAAAGGGCCAAGAACUCUCUUACUCAAGAAAUGUUGAGGUUGAGCCAAGAACACAAGACCACUGAGCACGAAUUGCAUACAUUUAAGCAGCGUCUCAAAGACAUGGAACUUCACCAGCAACAAAUGAUCUCAUUCUUCGUCAAGGCCAUGCAAAACCCAGGCUUUUUUGCACAAAUUUUGCAACAAAAUGAGAACUGGCAAAUUGUGGAAGUUAACAAGAAAAGGAGGCUGCCCCUGAAUACCCAAAGUACCCCUCCUCUUGAUGGACAGAUGGUGAAGUACCAACCCCUUAUCAAUGAGGCAGCGAGGGCUAUGCUUAUGCAGUUAAUGAAUACCGACUGGUCCCAUAAACUCGAUACUUCCUCAAAUGGCCAAGAGAAUUUUGUGAUCAAUCUCCCUUCUUUGCCUUCUUUACCUACUAUUGAUGCUCUCCCUGACUUGAUGGGGUCCACAUCUUCGAGCCAAGUGUCUCAAAUACAAGAAAAGGAGCCAAAUGGGAUUCGACCAACAAUGUCAGGAAUUGUUGAUUCAAUGGGAAGUUCAUUAGAUCGAGAUUCUUUGGUGGGGUCCCCAUCUUCAAUUCAAGUGCCGCAAGUACAAGAGGCAGUGCCAAAUGGUAGCUACCCAACAAUAUCAGGAAGCCUUGAUUCAACGAACAGAAUGAUUGUGGAUCGUACUUCGUGGUCACAUGGAGAUUCUUUGGGGGAGUCCAAAUUUCCGAGCCAAAUGUCCCUAGUACAAGAGGAGUUCAAUGGAAACCACCCAACAGGAUCAGGAAACCUUGAUUCCUUUGACAAAAUGGUCAUGGAUAAUUCUUUGGAACUGGAUGGAGAUGAUGGGAUGCCUAAUUUGCCGGGCAUAAAUGAUGUCUUUUGGGAACAGUUUUUUGCUGAAAACCCGUUCUCAGAAGAUGCUAUGGAGAUGGAGGAUGAGGUUCAUGAGAUUGAAGAUGGUGAGGAGUUUGAUUUGAUAGAGAGAGGGAGUGGUGGGGAUACGGCUCGAAAGUUGGAACACCUGACCAAACAGUUGGAGUUGCUCACUUCUGAAAAGAACGCAAGUUAAAUGGAUCUCAAGAUCUUACUUGAGGUUUUCCUUCGAAGUUUUGUGCUUGCUGGUUAGCAUUUUAUAAAAACGAAAAUGCGAAGGAAAACUUCACUUUUGGCCUAUUUUACUCGGCUCUAUAUGAUAUGGUCCAAGUUACGCUGUUCAGCUGUUGAAAAUAUGUACAUACAGAUAUCCUUUUAUUAGGAGAUUCAGAAAGAUACAAUUUUUUAGCUUCUCUAGGACAUUACUGAGCCCAUUAUUAAAGAUUAUCCUCAAGAUUA